AUGCCCAAGCAGGAUAUUGUAGCAUAUUGUCUAGGUGGUGUUCUGACCCUACAGUAUAUUGUAGCAUAUUGUGUAGGUGGUGUUCUGACCCUACAGUAUAUUGUAGCAUAUUGUCUAGGAGGUGUUCUGACCCUACAGUAUAUUGUAGCAUAUUGUGUAGGUGGUGUUCUGACCCUACAGUAUAUUGUAGCAUAUUGUCUGGGUGGUAUUCUGACCCUACAGUAUAUUGUAGCAUAUUGGCUAGGUGGUGUUCUGACCCUACAGUAUAUUGUAACAUAUUGUCUAGGUGGUGUUCUGACCCUACAGUAUAUUGUAGCAUAUUGUCUAGGUGGUGUUCUGACCCUACAGUAUAUUUUAGCAUAUUGUCUAGGUGGUGUUCUGACCCUACAGUAUAUUGUAGCAUAUUGGCUAGGUGGUGUUCUGACCCUACAGUAUAUUGUAACAUAUUGUCUAGGUGGUGUUCUGACCCUACAGUAUAUUGUAGCAUAUUGUCUAGGUGGUGUUCUGACCCUACAGUAUAUUUUAGCAUAUUGUCUAGGUGGUGUUCUGACCCUACAGUAUAUUGUAGCAUAUUGUCUAGGUGGUGUUCUGACCCUACAGUAUAUUGUAGCAUAUUGUCUAGGUGGUGUUCUGACCCUACAGUAUAUUGUAGCAUAUUGUCUAGGUGGUGUUCUGACCCUACAGUAUAUUGUAGCAUAUUGUCUAGGUGGUGUUCUGACCCUACAGUAUAUUGUAGCAUAUUGUCUAGGUGGUGUUCUGACCCUACAGUAUAUUGUAGCAUAUUGUCUAGGUGGUGUUCUGACCCUACAGUAUAUUGUAGAAUAUUGUCUAGGUGGUGUUCUGACCCUACAGUAUAUUGUAACAUAUUGUCUAGGUGGUGUUCUGACCCUACAGUAUAUUGUAGCAUAUUGUCUGGGUCGAGUUCUAAUCCUUCAGUAUAUUGUAGCCUAGGCAAGCAUGACUCUAAUGGAUUUCAAUGUAUUUUUAUAGUGGCAUUGAGCUUUACAGUGGUAUUGAGCUUUAUAGUGGUAUUGCCUUUUCAUUAUACCUAUGAUAAAAAUGUCAAUAAAAGUAGUGUCAUCUGUCAGAAUAUUAUUUUCCUGUUACUUUGAUGAAUAGUAUUGUAUGUCUCUUGUUUAUGAUGCUUUACCUGGUCUAUACUGUACACCUUUAGUAAUACUCCUGUGUACUGGAACAUUCCAUUUUGGGAAAGACAUGGAAGGUUCUGUUUAGUGUGUGUCUUUAGUUUUAGUCAGAAAUCUGAAUUCAUUGGUAAUACAGUAGGUUUGACAAUAUGCUAAACUAUUGGUUUCAUGGUAUUAACUGAAUUAAUCCUACAAUUUUGAAUCAAAAUAAUAUGUUUGCGCCUGCUGCCUCCUGUUGAGUUUUAACAGCUGCAUCCGAAAGAUAAACACAUAACAAUCAAAUGAAUUAACAACUUACAGCAACAGUAAGAGACUCAUUGUUAUUGGUAUUAAAGGAUAUUUUUGAUAAAUAAUGUGGGAAAAAAUGACAUUUUGGGAUUAGUGAAUCCUCGGUAUGUAGGGCUAACAAUAGAGUAAUAGCCUUUUUAACGAGAUACAACCAAUAUGCAGAACAACAACACUCAUGUCCCCUAGAGAACACAGCCUGCUCACUACCCUUCAACUAAACUGCAUCCAAACAGCUGAAUGAACAGCACAAAAGUUGCCUUCAAAUGAUGCCACUCAAUGUGGUCUGGCCUGUAGUGCAGCUCAGAACCUGUGUUAGCAGUAGCAGUGGCCGACUCAGGCGUCACAUCCACUCCAGAGCUCAGGCCUUUCUGU